AGGAGUUGUUGAGGAGCCCGGGCCUGGGAGCCUCCCCGCUUACCGCACUAGGAAGUGACGCUUUCCCCGAGUCCCGGAGAGAAAGAAACAAAGUUUGGUUUCCCCCCACCCCCUCUCCCUCUUUUCCUACCUCCGUGCAAAUUGCUGCUCCGCGUCCCCCCAGCCGCCCGCCGCGGCAGCCGUGCCUCGCUUCGCAGCAUAAAAGCAAUGCAAGGUAUCCUAAUACUUCAGUGUAUUUGGAAGCAAGACACAAUAUCUUCUGGGAAUUAUGGUAUCAGGACUGGCUCUGUGCUUUACCCAAAGGGCCUGUAAUAAGUGGAUCCUGCUGACCUCUGAAGCACACAGGAUAAGAGUGAAAAGAAGUGGGAGAAGCACAAAGCAAAAAAGGAAGUUGAUGCACUUUCCUCUGUACUUCUUUCCUGCCCCUUAUUACUAAAACUGAAUGGAAAAGAGAGACUUCUGUGCCUUUCCUUCCCCAGCCUCAGGGAUGGGUGGAUUGUAAAUACAGUGUGUGCAGUUUGGGAGAAUAGACUGAACCAUGAAUCUUCAGGCUCAGCAGAAGUCUUCAAGCAAAAGGACUGGGAAAAGAAUUGCCUAUUUUAAUGAGCAGGAAAUAGCAGUGUCAUCAAAAGAACCACAGCAGCAGCUUAAGGAAGGACAGUACUAUGGUCCUGGAGGGAAUAUACCUGUCUCUCAAACUAUGGAGAUUUCUCAUGCAGGAGGAUUAGCAAAUGCCCCCAACAAUGUUGCUUUGAUGAACUCUGUUUACAAUCAAGAUAGGGGGGAAUCAAUGAUGAUGUCUCAGGCAGUGACAGCUGUCAAAUGGCAGAAUUCACUAAUGGGCAACAGGCUGCCAGAGAGAGGUGACAGCCACUGGCAGUCUCCACCUUCCAUGUGGAGCCAUGGUAUGGUUUUUGGGGGCAACACCAAAGGACCUCACUCCAGUGCUGGUGCCCCAGGCUUCUAUGGCCACUCAGAAGCCCUUAAAAGAAAUCAAGAGAAAGGAGUGUUUGUCUCACAGCUGGACUUGUAUGGUGAUGCUGUCCAGCAAAUGAUGUCUCAGAAGGCUCAGCUGGAACAGCAAGCUCUGGUUAGACAGCAAGCUCAAAUGAAUUCUUUCCAUCAGAUGCAGAAACAGCAGCAGCAGAAUCAAAGUCUGCCAUUACAGCCUUUCCAACUUGCGUUUGGGCACCAAGGCCAAAAGCAGGGUCUUCCUGAGUUGUUACAUGUCUUUCAAGAGGCCCCAGCUUCUUCCAGUCCUGCAUUUACUGCUCAACAAAAGCAGCAAGCUCUUCCCCAGCUACAGCUGUUUGAAAAUUUCUAUCCUCAGCAGCAGCAGCAGCAGCAGCAGGCUGGCUCACAAGCCUUCAGUCUGCAGCAAGCUACUUCCAUAGCACAGCCUCAUGUGGCAGCUGCAGCACCUCAGCAUCACAUGAUGGGACACCAGUUUCAGCAAACAGAGAGGAACCAGGAACUAUUCAAGGCUCUAACAGAGCAGAAUCAACAGACUGUGCUACCUCAGACCCAGAUUCCCUUUCCAAGAAGAUCACGGAGACUCUCUAAAGAAGGUGCCCUGCUGACAUCUACAGGAGAAGUAUUGACUUCCAAGCAGUCAGAAGAACAACCUAGCAAUUUAUUUCUUCAUCACUGGCAAACACAUCAGCAAGAGGUCCCAUUACAGCAGCCACCUGAAUCACUGCCCCACAGCAAGGGUAACUACUUGCACCCCAGGAGACUGGAUAUGGGGCAAAAGGAUGUCCUGGUCAAUAGUGAGCUCUGCCAGAUGGAAACAGAGAGGCAAGCCACAGCCCAGAAUGGUAGAGAUGGAGAGAAACAGACAGCAGCAGCUGAAGAAAAUGCUGAGAAAACCAAUGACUUCCAGGGCGUCAGGGGUGGUGUAAUCCAGAGCACACGACGCAGACGCCGUGUUUCUCAAGAAGCCAAUUUGCUGACUUUGGCCCAGAAAGCUGUUGAGCUGGCUUCUCUUCAGAAUGUAAAGGAACCAGAUAAUUCUGAAGAGAAGAAUGUGCUGAUAUCAGCUCCAGGACCUACAGCUGCCAAAAGUGUUGUUGAAUUCGCCAGUUCUUCACCAGCUCCCAAAAGAGCUCGAGAGGAUAAUAGCCUCGUGCCUCUUAUCAUUCCUGUGUCUGUGCCAGUGAGAAAAAUUGACUUGCAGAAUCUUGGAAAGGAAAAGUCUGAAGAUGGAAAGCUGCAAAGAGGCCAAACAAAUGAUCGAGCUCCUUGUGAACGGAAGCCUUCUGUGAUAGUCACUCGGAGGCGAUCCAAUCGUAAUACCAACAUGGAAACCUCAAAUCAGCACGAAGACACUGUUCCAAAGGAUGAAGCAGAGGGCUUUGCCCGGAAACCAAAGCAGAGGCCAAGACCUGAGCCACUCUUCAUACCACCAAAAGCUGGCACAUUUAUUGCACCACCUGUUUAUUCUAACAUUACUCCUUACCAGAGCCACUUACGGUCCCCUGUCCGUCUGGCAGAUCAUCCUUCAGACAGGAACUUUGAGCUACCUCCUUACACUCCUCCACCAAUUCUUAGUCCAGUGAGAGAAGGAUCUGGGCUGUACUUUAAUGCUAUCCUCUCUUCAAGUGGUCAUUCAGUUCCACCUCCAAUGACUCCUAAAAGUGCUCACAGAACUCUGCUUAGAUCAAACAGUUCAGAAGUUACCCCUCCUGUUCUCACAGUUGUGGGGGAAGCCACCCCAGUCAGCAUUGAACCGAGAAUAAAUGUAGGAACUCGCUUCCAAGCAGAUAUCCCAUCACUCCAAGACCCAUCCCUGGCAGCAGCUGAUGAACAUAAAGCAGAACUGGUGUGGCAGCCAUGGGAUGACCUGGAAACCAACAGAGUCACCCAAGAGAAUGUGGAAAACCUGCUAGCUGCUGCCUGUUCAAGCAUUUUUCCUGGGGGUGGAACCAACCAGGAGCUGGCAUUGCAUUUCUUACAUGAAGCAAAGGGAAGCAUACUGGGAGCUUUGACCAAACUGCUUUUGGAGGGGCCAGUACGAUCACCUACCCACCCUUUGGCAGAUUAUCACUACACAGGAUCAGACAAGUGGAAAGUUGGAGAGAAAAAACUUUUCAACAAAGGCAUUGCCAUCUACAAGAAGGACUUUUUUUUGGUCCAAAAGCUUAUAAAAACCAAAACAGUGGCUCAGUGUGUUGAAUUCUACUACACAUACAAGAAACAGGUGAAAAUUGGUCGGAAUGGGACCUUGAUAUUUGGGGACAUUGAUGCUGCUAAUGAGAAAUCUAUGAAGGAUGAAGCUGAAGUUGACAUCAAGAGUUCCCAUAGGUUUGCACGUGUUCUUCCUCCCAGAAGGGACUUUUACAGUGAUGAACAAGGCCAUGAAGAUGAGGAGGAAGAGGAGGAAGAAGAGGAGGCCGAGGAAGGGUUGGAUAACAGAAAAAAGGGCACAGUUUCUUUCAAAGAUGAACAGACACUACAAGAUGGUGUAAUAGCCAGUGAUGCCAGUAUCAGGAGUCAAGAGGCAGCUGUUACAGGCAGAACUGGAAGGAAGCCAAGGGAGACAACAGUGAAGCCUCGGAAGCCCAUUGCUGCUCCAGUGCAGAGGAGGAGGAGGAAACAGAAGAUAAAAUCAGAUGCUGUCAGUAAAAAUCAGAACACAGAAAACACCUUUCCAUGUAAAAAAUGUGGCAGGGUGUUCUACAAGGUGAAGAGCCGCAGUGCCCACAUGAAGAGCCACGCGGAGCAGGAGAAGAAGGCGGCAGCACUGGAGCAGCGCCAGAGGGAGGCGGCUGUGGCGGCAGCGGCGUCGGGAGCUGCGCGGAGCCAGAGCCGUCGGGGAGACAGCAGCGAGAGCAGCAGCAGCGGGAGCAGCGGGAGCAGCAGCAGUGCGAGCUCGGAUGAAGAUGGGGAAAUAUAGCAGCAGACCAGAAGUGGAGGGAGUGGCAAGGCUGGACCCAACCUCCCUCCUGGUGGUCUUAACUUUGUUUUUUGCUUGCACUUUUUUUCACCUGGAACCAUCAGGGCUCCUUUUCAGUGCUGCCCUUCCCUUGUGCCCUGUGUUCUGCUUCGGAUUGCCAGUACCGACCAAGCCAGAAUGAUGGAUGGGAAGAUUUGUUUCAAGUUGUGGUUUGUUAUGGGGUUUUUUUGUUUUGUUUUGUUUUUUAACAAUUAAGAUUUCUACUCUAUUUAUAAUGAUACUUGAGGUACAUAAUAGAACAAUGUCACCUGCAGUGGAAGUAAGUUCUCUCUGAGGUCAGUUGGACCUUUCUUUUUGUGCUUGUUGGGAAUCAUGAUGCAGGACUCUUGGAUAUACAGGUUUCAGACCAGAGCAAGAAAAUAAUGCUUUUCUCUGAGCUAACUGUAUCCAGUUACUGUGACACUGGUGAUUUCUGGAUGUUUCUUUUCUCAGCAAGUUCUCCUUCCUGUUACACUUUCCUGCCUUUCUUUCUGAGUGUUUAUUCAGGCAGCCAACAACUUUUGUGGAAAGACAGUGUGCACUUUUGGCCUCUGCUUCACACAAAUGAAUAGUGGGAUGAGCAAGACACCUUCUUCCUUUUGAGAACUUGUUUUCAAAAGGAAGCCUGAGGUGGUUUCUUUUAUGCCAUUAGGAAUGCAGCCUGUGGGAUAGUAGCCACAGGCCUCACGGGUCUUCUCAUCUUGGAAAACAAAAUAGUCUGCCUUUGAUUAACCUAAUGGAAGGUAGUCUGGGCUUCACAAGUGCAAUUUGAACUGAAAACUGCUGGGUUUGACUUUGCAUAAAUGGGAAAAAGUUUGUGUAGUGAAAAUGAAUGAAAUCCACCUCAUGUGCUGGAUUGUGUGCACCUCAAAGGUGGGAGGAGUGCUCUCAUCUCCAGCAGUCUCCCUGAAACCUCUGUUGAAUGGCUCUUACCUCUCAGUACAUCCAUUUCUUUCUUGUGGCAUCCCUCUUUUGUUCCAUGGAAUUGCCAUCAACAAGAGCCCUCAUUCCCUGAAUAAUUCCUGUCAGACAGUAUGGAAAUGCAGGAGGAGCUCCUCACCUGCCUGCUGGCUCGUCCUUGCUCUUUGCAGAAAGGCUGACUCUUCCUUCAGAACUGACACAUGCUAAUAGCCCAAAAAGCCUGGCCACCAGGAGAUGAGUUAGGAUGUUCAAGUGGUGACACAGAUGCUAGAUUUGCACAGGAUUGUUCUGUACAUCUUUAAGGCUCAUGUUUAUCAUUGUUCCCCUUGCUCCCCAGCUCCUUCCCUCCAGCCUGUGCCCAGAAGCAGCUUCCUGGGUGCCAGUGCUGGGUCAGCUCACCUGUGCAGU